GCGCCGUGCCGCGCGGGCCCCUCCCGUUCGCCAGCCGCCGCCCGGGCGGGCCUUCGCAGCGUGCUCCAUGCAUCCGGAGCCCGCCCCGCCCCCGCCCAGCAGCAGCAGCCCCGAGCUUCCCCUCGCCAGCGGCGGCCGCGGCAGCUCCCCCCCGAUCAGCGGCAGCCGUCGGAGCCGCCGCCGCAGCGGGGACGCCGCCGAGCCGCCCGGGGCCGCCCCGCCGCCGCCGCCGCCACCGCCACCGCCGCCGCCGCUGCCCGGGGCCGCCGUCUCGUACCCGGAGUGGGUGGGCCACAGCUACCAGGAGGUGAUGAGCCUCAACGAGCACUCCAUGCAGGCGCUGUCCUGGCGCAAGCUCUACCUGAGCCGGGCCAAACUCAAAGCCUCCAGCCGGACGUCGGCGCUGCUCUCGGGCUUCGCCAUGGUGGCCAUGGUGGAGGUGCAGCUGGACGCCAGCCACGACUACCCCCCAGGGCUGCUCAUCGCCUUCAGCGCGUGCACCACGGUGCUGGUGGCGGUGCACCUGUUCGCGCUCAUGAUCAGCACCUGCAUCCUGCCCAACAUCGAGGCGGUCAGUAACGUGCACAACCUCAACUCGGUCAAAGAGUCUCCGCACGAGCGCAUGCACCGGCACAUCGAGCUGGCCUGGGCCUUCUCCACCGUCAUCGGCACCCUGCUCUUCCUGGCCGAGGUGGUCCUGCUCUGCUGGGUCAAGUUCCUGCCCCUCAAGAAGCAGCCGGAGCCCCCCCAGUCCAGCAAGGCCCCUCCCCCCGCCGCGUCCUCUAAUGCCAGCUUCACCCCGGGCCAGGAGGCGGCCAUCGCCUCCACCACCAUCAUGGUCCCCUUCGGCCUGGUCUUCAUCGUCUUCGCGGUCCACUUUUACCGUUCGCUCGUCAGCCACAAGACCGACAGGCAGUUCCAGGAGCUGAACGAGCUGGCCGAGUUUGCCCGGCUGCAGGACCAGCUGGACCACAGAGGGGAUCACCCGCUGCCCCCUGGCAGCCAUUUCGCAUAGUGCCCCUCCUGCACCCCCCCACCCCCGUGUCCCCGAGCUGGGGGACGGGGAGGGAGGGCAGUUUGGGCUGGCCUGUGGCAGCCGCGUGCCCCCGGAGGUGUGGAAGAAAACCUGUCCUGCCUUAAUAUUAUAAUCUGACUCCUCUCUCUGAUGCAGGAACCUGGAGGACGUUGGGACCUGGACUUGGGGGAGAAAGGAGUUUGUUUUUAAAGCCUUGACUUAAAAACAUUUUCCAGCCUUUCUCAGCCCCGAAUCCCUCCUUAUGAUGGGGGAGGCCCUGCUGGGCUAGAUCAGGAACAGUUCUCCCUCACCCUUUUUUUUUUUCCUGACUACCAUCCACCAAGUGCCAUCUGGAUUCCUUGCCCCUAGACCCUCCUUGUUGAGCAGUGAGAGGGAGUGUGUAUGUGUGUGUGCGUGUGUGUAUGUGUGUGUAUACACACAAAAUAUACACUUAAGGGGACUUGGCUCCGUGUGUCCAUGUUCAUUGGGCUGGGGGAGGCCAGUUUUCUCCAGUUAUUCCCCUCCCCCCUUUCCAUUCUCUCUCUCUCUCUGCUCACUCACACGCUUCUACCAGUGCCCAGCCGUAGGAGGGCUCUGGGUUUCUCUCAGGCCAUCCCUUGGCAGAGUCCUGUGGGCUGGAUGGUGGGACCAGUUCUCCGGCAAGGAUGGAAACUUCUUAGGUGAGGAGGAAGGGUUCUGAAAGCCUGGCACAGGGGCUGCAGUGCUACAUUUUGAGGAGAGACCAGGGUUCUGGUCCCAACUCACGAGUGAUCUUGUGCUACCUUUCUUGGCCUCAUUUUCCCCAUCUGUAAAAUACGAAGGGCUUGGACGAAGGUCCUUUCCAACUCUAAGAUUUGAUAUCCUCUGUCUCAUCUCUCUGAGCAGUGGUCAGCCUUCCAAAGUGUUGGGUGAUUUUAUACCUUUUUCUACGAAAUGCGCUAUUUUACAAAGAGUCUUUAUUUUGAAAUAAACCCCAGUCUACAAAGUCAAAGUAGUGUGUGAAUCUUGGUGGGACUGAGUGAAUCCCUAGGGAAAGGCUACCUCCCCCAUCCUCCCCAUGUGAGUCUGCCCCAUCCUCUUCUCAUGUUACAGCCCAAAGAAGGGAGGAGGAAGCUCUUCCAACAUUAGUUCAAGCAGAAAGGCAGAAAGGAACAAACAUUUAUCCAGUGCCCACAGCAUGCCAGGCACCUUGCUAAGGGCUUUACUCUUGAUCCUGAGCUGGGGCUGGUGGUAUCUGGCUGGUCCUAGAGCUGGGCAUGAUUCUGGAUGAUUGGCUCAUGUGAAAACGAUCUUGGAGUCUCAGUGGACUGCCAGCUCAGUCUGAUUCAUUCAGAUGACAUGGCAGACCAAAAAAGCUCACGAGCUCUUCUUAGGCUAAGUUAUUAAGGGGCACAGGGUCCAGAAUGUGGGAAUGAGAGCUCCCUUGCUUAGCCCAUGGCUAUGUUCUAGCUUUUAGGAAGGAUACUGGUGUACUCAUUCCCAGAGCAAGCCCACAGGAGGGUAACGUAUUAACCUGAGGGGUCUGGAGUCCAUGCCCUACGAGAGUCAUUGGAGCGGACUGGGAACGUGUAGCCUGGAGAGGAGACUUGGGGGAAGGAUUAUAGCUGGCUUCAAUGUUAGCCUAAAACUUGGGAGACUCGCACAGGUAUUUUUGGUUCUGGUCAUUCUGAGGGGGCGGGUCAUUCUUUGCCUGGCACUGGAGCAGGGGAGGAUACAGAGGAGGACAGGGCAUUGCCCCUGCCUUGGGCGAGGGGAGACGUAAGCUCCCAGCCAAGUAUCGUCAUUGAUGGCACUUAGUGCCAACACAGGAUCCCAGAGGAAAGGGGUGGUGGGGAUAGCUCUGCUGGCCAGGGCGGAUCAGAGGCAGCUCUUUGAAGGGCAGGGGGUACUCAUUCCAGCCUGGGGUAAGUCUGGGGAAUAUUUCUGAGAUGACCACAAUCCCUCCAUUGUGAGGAUUAAGCAUUUCCUUC